AUGUCUGCUCGGCCAUUGACGCAUACUCUUCGCUCUCGCGCUCUCCUUCGCACACCCCGGAACGCCCAGGGCUUUUCCACCCGCAGCCAGCUCCGUGCCGCGGAUCAUGGUGAUCACUACGACCCCCCGACCGGCUGGCUUUUCGGCGUGAAGCCCGGCCAGAAGUACCAGAAGGAAGGCUGGGAGACUAUGUGGUACUACGGUUUCAUUGGAAGUCUCCUCGCCGCGGGAGUCGCAUACGUUUUCAAGCCAGACACCUCGAUACAAACGUGGGCUCUGGAGGAAGCUCGACGGAGGCUGGAAGCGGAGGGUAUCCUGGAAGACCCUGACAAGGUCAAGAAAUAG